GGUCGGGACCGCGCUCUGAAUGCAGCCAAUGGACUGAAGCACAGCUGUUGCUGUUCAGCCCAGGGACCAAUCCGCAGUCUCUCCGCCCCCUAAACGAAGCGGUUAAAUGAUCGUCUGGUUCUGUUUUUUCAAAAAGACGCGGGAUUCAAGCGGCUUGAGAGAAGGUGCCAGUGUGGAAAGAUCUGGUUGAGGACAAAGCCUGGGCCUUGUAAUUGGUAGUCUACCACUGAAGUCAAUUUCUACCCCAACUUGAACCAUUUUGGAGUUUGUGUUUCAGCUGAGCCAUCUAUUUCAUCUCUAAGCCACAAUGAGUUCUAAGAAGCGCAAAUCACAGAAGAUCCCAUUUAAUACCAGUAAAAAUAAAAAAAUCAAAGACUAUUUCUCUCAGGUUCCCAAAGAAGAGCAGAAUGAUCCCAGUAUUUCUCAAGUAAAAGUGGACUCUAAAAAAAUGCCAAGGGAUAUAACCAACACCAGGAACCAAAGACCACUUUCACCUAAGAAAACUCAACAAGAUCAGACUCCUCCCCUAUAUAAGAAAAUUCUGGUCACCUUGGGUGUGAACGCUAGGAAACACAAAAACAUGAAACAUGUGCUCACAGAUAGGGAGACAAGUAGCUUGUAUGCAGCACUUAACAGUCUCGGUGCUGUCAAAGAAGAGAUAGAAUGCCAAAAGGGCAAAGAAAUGCUGGUAUGCGGCAAAGAAGGAAUUGAAGGAUACUUAAACCUUGGCAUGCCCCUCUGCUGUAUACCAGAAGGCAGCCAUGUGGUCAUUACAUUUUGUCAAUGUAAAAGUAAGACAAAAGAAACUAAACAAUUCUUUGAACCACAGGACCAAGCAUCUACCAAUUAUGUCCGAUUUUACAUUCAUGCAGUUGGGAGUAAGAGGAAAAAGAUUCUGAAGUGUGGGGAACUUCACAAAGAGGGGAACAAAGUCUGUGUCUAUGGCUCCAAGGGAGAGAACGUCAGAGACACUCUGAGGAAGGACGGCAGGUUUUGUUCUUUCAUAGAGAGUGACCAUUGGAAACUCAUUAAUGACCUGGACACCAUCAUAGAAAACACUCAGCCAGUUGAUGAGUUAGAGGGCAAGCUCUUUCAGGUUGCAGCUGAGCUACCAAAGAACCCUAGGGUAGUCUCUGUCAUGCAGAAUUCUGGGUUAGAGAACAGAGACUUCCAUAAGCUAGAAGACUAUAUUGUGAAUGCGUACCCUACAUUGAAAGAAGAAGGAGAAAAACUCAGAGCAUACAUCAAGAAAGAAAGUAAAAAAAGAAAGAAAGGUUCCUUAUUCAAAGUGCAUAAAGAACACUUUGGGAAAAUAACAAAAAAUUCUACUCCUGUUAAAGUGCACAAACAUCUUUCGAAAGUCAGUGACUCAGUUGGGUUCCUAUGGUGGAACAACAAUGGAAAGCAGGGCUGUGCCACCUGCUUUGUUUUUAAAGGAUUAUACAUUUUGACUUGCCGACAUGUGAUAACUAGUAUUGUGGGUGAAGGCAUAGAUCCAUGUCAGUGGGCAAGCUUAAUUAGUCACUGUGUAAAGGUGACCUUUGGUUAUGAAGAGUUCCCACUAGUAGAAGACAAGUUUUUUGAGGUUAAACCUUGGUUUGAGAUAUCUAAUGAAAGACUUGACUAUGCUGUCCUAAAACUGAGGGAAAAUGGACAAGAAGUUCCUGCUGGACUGUAUAAUGGAAUAGGACCUGUGCCACUUAGUGGGUUAAUAUAUAUCAUUGGCCAUCCUGAUGGAGAAAAGAAGUCUACUGAUGGCUGUGCAGUGGUCCCUCAAGGUCAUAGAGAAAAAAAAUGUCAGGAAAAUUUUCAAGCAAGAAAGGAAGCAAACUACUGGAUUUCUACAUCUUUUUUCCCUAUAUACACACAAAGAAGUUUCCACGAUGUGUUUCACAAUCAUGAUGUGGUUACUUAUGACACCACUUUUUUUGGUGGGUCUUCUGGAUCCCCAGUAUUUGAUUCUAAUGGUUCAUUGGUGGCCAUGCAUGCUGCUGGCAUCACUUGUCCAGACCAGAAUGGAGUUUUUAAUAUCAUUGAGUUUGGUUUUACUAUGGAAUCCAUUCUUGCUAAUAUUAAGCAAAAUAAACAGUGGUAUGAUACCAUUUUUGUAAAUGAUCGGGAUGCAGAAAUGCUGAGCACAGACUCCUGAGGACUGGAAAGGGUGUAUUCUAGUUCACAACUUUAAGGGAAUUGCCUAAGGUGUUUUCCUUCAGAUAAUAAUGUUUUAUGAACUUUCAAAAUGAUUAAUUUCACCCAAUAAUCAUAGUUCUAGAGUGUAUCUUAACUAUCAAGCAUUUUCAUGGUUUAUUAAAACAAACAAUCAAAAACAAAACUAUCAAUUGAACUAUUUGUGUAAAGUAGCAUGAAAAAGAGGAUUAAGUGCUGAUGUGGGAUCCGAGGGUCAGGAGAUGCUAAGAUGUGAAAAAGUUGAGAGCAUAAACUGG